CGUAGUGUGUGUGUGUGUUUUUUUUUUCUUCCACUGACACUCGGCAACUUUCGAACAGGAAACCCAUUAGAACGCUACGGCCGUCGUUUUCUCUGUAUUAGCCGCAGGGUUUGUUUGGAGCUCAGCGCUCUAAGCCAGCCAUGAGCAUCAUCGGGGCUGAAGAUGAGGACUUCGAGAAUGAUUUAGCAGAUUCAACAGAUGACAAAUGCCCACACUUUGACAGCAUCGACUUGUUGAAGAAACGGCCAACUCACCUGCUGGUGUUCAUGCAGCAUGUCAUUCUCCAGUUUGACCCUGCGCCCUUGUUGUGUUAUCUUCACGCUGACAUCGUGAAGAACCUCAAUGCCAGAGACACCAAGAAACAGUUUCCAGAAUUCUACAACAACUUCCUGGAGAAGGGUGCCAUUCUCAGAGUGUCGAUGCCAUCCAGUUUAUCCUUUGAAUUGGACCGAACUCGCCCAGAAUUGCUGUCAGAUGACACCCAAAGGCGUUAUGCUGCAGAUGUCCAGAAAUUUCAAACUGCAGAAGUAGCCAAACAGCUGGAAGAUUUCAGGCAAAAAAGGAUGAUGGGUAUGACCCUCUGUGAGGAGCAGGUGAUGGACGUGGAGAAUCACUAUCCCACUGACCGCGUCCCAUUGGACAUGAAGGAGAAGUCUGUGGCCGAGAAUCUGUUGGAGAAGAUGUAUGAUUCACAACUUACUUUUGUCCCAGAUGAGGAUAAGUGCCAAGCCAUCUUUUCUGCUGUGGCUGCCUACAUGAAGCACCUUGAAGUCAAAAACAGGGCAGGAGAUAGUAAAAAGUCCAAAAGAGGUUUCCCUUGGAUUAAGAAGAAUCAUGAUCCUCCGAAAUCCAAGACUCGGGUGUUCCAUGUUCCCACCUGGAUUGGAGGCAGCAUCGAAGUCAAACCAAAAGAUCCUGAAGUGGACAAAGACCUUAAGGGAAAGGAUGCUAAAGGGGUUUCUGGCAGAGGCUCAUUGACCGAAACUCCAGUUCUUUCCAUCAAAAAACCUGAAAGCUCAGCCUCAGUGCCAAAUGCGGAGCCUGCCGGCAACAACUUGACCCCCACCACCACAGAGCCCACUCCAGCCGAUGGUCUCCCAUCUCCCGGUUCCUUAGAGCUCCCCUCUCUGCCAGACGGGCCCCAUCCAGAGACAGGAACCGGGGUUUCUGUCGUUGAGCACUGCUCUCCCCACGACGCUCACCCAGAGGAGUCGGACAGAGAAAGACGGAAGCCAAGCAGGAAAGUAGGACGCAGCGAGAGCGCCCGUGUGGACCGGCACUCGUCUCGGCGUCGUGGCUCUUCUCGUAAACAGUCUCGCUCCCGUAGCGACGUGGACCUGCAGCCUCCGUCUUCUGCAACAAGUCCUGCCCCGCUGUCCCCGCAGCACCUCCAUCCUUUGGAUGGACCAGCUUUCCUGUCUGAAGUGCCUGGCCAGCCCCCAACAAGCCCGUCCCCACAGUUGGAGGAGAUUGACCCCCGCCUGCAGGAGUUGGAGCAGGACCCGCCCAGCUGGAGGGUGCUGGCGUCUUCUGACACCUUAAAGAACCUCAGCAAGAAGGAGACCAAGAGGCAGGAAGUCAUAAACGAGUUGUUUGCCACGGAGCAUGCCCACGUGAGAAUGCUGAGUGUCCUUCAGUGGGUGUUCGCCAAGCCGCUGGAGAGGGAGGAAAUCCUCUCUGCCCUGGACCUAGAGACCAUUUUCCCAAGCCUUGAGGAAAUCAUUGACAUGCACUAUACCUUCUAUGAAAGCCUGAAGAAACUGCGUGUCAGUGACAACUACGUCGUUAAAAACAUCAGCCCCACACUGCUCAACAGGUUUGGUGGACCCGAAGGAGAAUGGUUUCAGAAACUGACAGCCAGAUUCUGCAGUUACCAGACCUAUGCUCUGGACCAGAUCAAGCAAAGACAGAAGAAAGACGCUCGCUUUAACUCUUUUAUACAGGAGGCAGAGAGUAAACCCCAGUGCCGCAGACUGCAGCUCAAAGACAUUAUUCCCACCGAAAUGCAGAGGCUGACAAAAUAUCCACUGUUGCUGGAAAACAUUGCUAAGAACACAGAGGAAAAAGAGGAGAAGGAGUCGAUCCAGCAAAGCGCAGAGUGCUGCAGAAAGAUCCUCAACCAUGUCAACGAAGAGGUCAAAACAAUGGGGAACAUGUUGACUCUAAAGGAGUACCAGAGAAAACUGGACACGUCGGGGCUGAAAGCCAGUGUUGAGCUUUAUACUGAAUAUAAGAGCAUUGACUUGACUCAGAGGAAGAUGCUUUUUGAAGGUCCGCUGGUCUGGAGAGUCACCAAAGAGAAGGCUAUCGAUGUGCAUUGCUUGCUGCUGGACGAUAUGCUGGUUCUUGCACAGAAGCAGGAGGACAAGAUGUUGCUAAAAUGCCAGAGUAAAAGUAACAUGACUGCACAGGAGGGCAAGCAGAUGCUGAGCCCAAUUAUAAAGCUGGACUCUGUGUUCCUCCGUGAAGUGGCAACAGAUCGGAAGGCUUUUUAUGUGAUAUUCACAUGGGACAGUGGCGCACAGAUCUACGAGCUGGUGGCUCAGUCUGUUGCAGAAAUGAAAACUUGGCAUGAUAUAAUAAAGUCGACGGUUGACGUUCUGAAGAAGAGCGGAACACCCAUGCGGUUAUCUGUUCCUCCUGGAGUUCCUGCUGGGAUUACUCCUCUCAGUCCCACCACGCUGAGUGUCCCAUCGAAUCCAUCUGAGAAUGGAGGUUUAAGAGGCGAUCAAGAAAGGGACAGUGUGACAGUUCACAACGCUGUUCAUCCAAGAGUCAAGCUGAUAGCGAUGUUGACCGACAGGGGCCUCGAUCAGGUGCUGGAUCACUCCAGCAGGAACCAGGAGAAGGUGGCUGACGGCGCUUUGGAUGAAGUCAUGUCACUUAAAAGACUGCUGAUCGGCAGCAUCAGUCUGUCAGAGGACUCGCAGCCCGAUGAAGAACAUGAAGAGGAGCAACCAGAGAAGCCUUCUGAUGAAACUGAGGCCCCUCAGCCAGCAGAAGAAAGCGAGUCUACGGACACCGGACACGUGCAGGUGAACGCCAGUCCUUCUACGGAGGAAGAUGGAGCAAAGCAAGAAGAUGAAGACGGGAGCAUCAGUGCCCCUCUGGUCUUGUCCCAGGAGAGAAGGGACGAAGUAAGCAGGAGGCUGGACGGCCUGCUGCAAAUGAUACAGAGACUACAGGCUGUGGAAGAGGAGCAUCACAAGCUGAGUGAGGUCCUUUCUGAGCUCUCGCUGGAAGCCGCCAACUUCCAGUAAGAUGCCACUUUGCCACCUGCUGGCGACAAGGUUUUCUUCUGGCUCUUGUUCAGAACAACGUGACUUUCAGAGGCUUCCCUGGAACUUCCAACUCCUUCCUCUUCAAAAAAAAAAAAAAAAAAACUUCUUGCUUGGAUCCAAGCUGUCACUAUUAUAUAUUUGUAUCAGAGCUGUUUGCUGCCAAAGCAGGAAGUUUUUCGUCUGCCAGAGGAGUGUAAUGGCUUUGUGCUCUGUGAUGGAGCGUGGGAGGUCUGUGCGUGUGCGCGUGUGUGUGUGCGUGCGUUUGUCUGUUUGGGUGCAUGUUUGAAACAAAGGUAUGGAAUGGAGAAAAAACAAAAAAAAAGAGGAGAUAUCCUGCUUUUGAGUGGGAGGUUGUUUUUGCAGAGAGGUGCCAAAAGUAAUGAAGCAAUAUUUUGGUGUGAGAGACGUGCUGCCUAAUGAAAUGUAGUCUUUUCUUUCUGCUGUAACACACAUAUGCACACCCGAGACAUGUAUGCUGGAACAUAAUUGACAGUAAUGCCAAGAAUAGCAAUGUACAGGAAAAACAAUCCCUCAAAGGGUAAUGUAGCAUUAGAAGGAUUAUUAGAAGAAAAAAAACUGCUGGUAUGUAUUGUUUCUAGUUUAUGCCAAAGUACAACAAAGAUGCACUUUUUUUUUCUGAUCAAGACGAGUUAAAAACACACUGUAACCACAAAAUUUCUUAUUUAAACUCUGCUUCAGUACGUGUUUUUCACCAGUUGGGCUUUAUGUAAGCAGCCCUCUGUCUCGGAAGGAUGCAUGCAAGAAAGUGUGUGUAUGUGUGUUACCGGGUUUUUAAUUUGAGAACGUGUUUAUUUGGAAUUUCCUUUCUGUUAAUCUCAGUAAAACAUUUAUGAAUAGCGGCACUAUAGGCAAUCAUGCUGUUGAUAAUGGAGACGUGUUUGUAUGUACUGCUUUUAUUUAUUCCUCUGAGGAUUUUUUUUUAGGUCAGCGAGUUGCCUCAUCUUACUGAUACUGUUACAACACUGGGCCAGGUCGAGGCGAGAGCGGCGUGCAAAAGGUUGGACAAGGUGCAGAAGGAAUUCUGGGAUAUGUGAUGCACAUCAAAGGUGGAAAGAGAGAAAACAGACGAGCCUGCGAAGCAUGUUUGGAGUUUUUUUUUUUUUUUUUUUUUUGGCUUUGGAUAGUUUGAUAGAAGGUCACGAAGAGGACCGCGGAGAGAACCCGAGUUUAGGAUUUGAGCUGAUGAAAUCUGAACUCGCACCUGAGAAGCGUCAGAAACUUCAGACUUGUUCAUAAACGCGCCGUUUCUGCAGCAUCGAGAGUUUGCAACUUCUGAUCCGAAACAUGCUUCAGUUGGGGUUAAGGUUUGUAUUAUAUGACAUUAGAUGCGUAUAUUAUUCGUUAUAAAGUCCCAACUAGCGAUAUUUGUAUCAACGCUUUUCCUGYCUUUGUAUUUUACUCAGCAGUUGAUUGUAAUUAUAAUUGUUGUAGUAUAAUUCCUAGGUAGUGGCAUGAUUGAGACUGUGCACACAGGACCAAAGACAUAACAAAGCACAUUUGAGAGUGGAAAAAGUGUUUUUCAAUAAAUAAAAAAAAAGAAAUACAGUUGAUAUACUAAAAGAAUGUAUUGGUAAAUAUUAUUAGGACUUUUAAAGCUUUAUGACCAAAUUGCAGCAGUAUUUGCAGGUCUCUGAUGUCUUGCUUACACCACAGUGACGUUAACCAACUGCGGUAACCAUCGUUCAGGUGACCAGGUGCAUAAGAAAUCUAGCUGCAAGAGGCCAAGCACUGUUAAAGAAUCUGUUACCAAACUGUUUGCAUGGAACCUGCAGAGAAAAAAGGCUAGAACAUGCUUAAAACUAGACAAUGUAACAAAUGACACUUUCAGGAUUUGAAGGAAGGAAAGCUGUUGUCUCAUUCCAAUGUCGCACUGUAAUCAUGAUCACUUCCUGAUAUGCAUUCUCAUUGUUGCCACAACAGAUCCUACCUUCUGAACCUACUGAACCUCAAUAUAUUUACACCAUUUAGUCACUUGAGUGCCACAAGAACCAGAAUCAUGUCUGUUUUUUUUUUAAACUAUACUGCCAUUUUUUCCCUCAUGUCUUCUUCUUUAAACUGUAUGCAGUAAAAGAUAGUCUGAAGGCACUUUAUCUGUCUUCAUAGCAUAUUUUCCUUUGCCCGACUACAUAGUUUUACCAGGAGUUUCAUUUAAUGUACUUAGAAAUAGGUUGGGGAUGUUAUUACUUUUUUUCCCAUUGCUUUUCAAAGAAACUCUUGUAAUGAUGUGCUAUGCAUUUCCUGUUUCUGUAAAAUGGGGAGGAAUGUCUGCAACCAGUCAAUGCACCGAUGAAUUUAGCAAACAUGCAAAUAAUCUAACCAUGACCGAUUCUGUUAACAUUUAAAAGUGUGGCUGUCUGAUAUGAAAUGCAGCUUUUUCACUAGUUGGAACUCCGGUUAUCUGAUUGAAAAACUCAGAAAGCACUCGUGAUGCCUGCAGGCUUCAUUGGCUGGCAACCAUUAAAGACAUUUCUCCCCGUUUCUACCUUUCUUUGAUGCUUUUUCUCAUAUUUUCUAUAUACCAUGUGUAAAGUGUGUUUAUAUAGUGGUGCCUUCUUCUGUCCAUUGAUUUGUUUGCUUCUUAAAGGGCUUGUAAGAAAAAGACAAAUAAUUAAAUGAUUAAUAAGUAAGAUAUCAUCCCAGAAUGUUAAUUCAUAUUUAUGGUAAUUAUAUUUUAGGUUCUGACUUCCUCCCUUUUUGUUUCAAACUCCAUUAAAUCCUUAUGACUUGAGCCCACUCGGCCAGCCAGAGCCUUCAUUAAACAAACACACUGCUCCUUCUUCCAGCUUGUUGAUCAUAUAAGAAAAAAAAAAAGGAUUAUCGAGAACUAUAUUGUGUAUUUGGUAUUGAUUUUUAUGCUGUAAGAGGCUCUUAAAAGAUGUACACCUAAGGAAAAUUGUGGUACGUUUGUGUAUUUUUUUUUUUAUGUUUUGUUUUUUAAAAAUAAACUGGGGAAAUAAAAUGAAAAUAAAAAAGUGUUA